UUUGAGUUGCUCUGCUGCUUUCUGGAAUCGCGCGAUUGGAGGAGAAGGACCGCCAGUCCCCGCUCUGCCUCUCCUGUCAAUGGCUCUCGGGACUUAUUUCCUGUGAAUGUCUGGGCUCCUGAAGUGACUCGUGAUGGAUAUUCUCUGGAUAUUAUGGACUAUACCUGCCGUCAUAGCUGUUGAAGAGACCCUGAUGGACUCCACCACAGCCACGGCAGAGCUGGGCUGGACGGUCUACCCCGUGUCCGGGACGAGCGACAACAGCUGGGAGGAAGUGAGCGGCUACGAUGAAAACAUGAAUACCAUCAGGACGUACCAAGUCUGCAACGUCUUCGACAGCAACCAGAACAACUGGGUACGGACAAAAUACAUUCGGCGUCGCGGUGCGCAGCGGAUCCACGUGGAGAUGAAGUUCUCAGUGAGGGACUGCAGUAGCAUUCCAAACGUACCAGGCUCGUGCAAAGAGACGUUCAACCUGUACUACUACGAGUCCGAUUCUGACACGGCCAACAGGAACUCUCCACCGUGGAUGGAAAACCCUUGGAUUAAGGUUGACACCAUUGCAGCAGACGAGAGCUUUUCCCAAGUGGACCUCGGAGGCAGAGUGAUGAAGAUCAACACGGAGGUCAGGAGCUUUGGCCCUGUGUCGAAGAACGGCUUCUACCUGGCCUUCCAGGACUACGGCGGCUGCAUGUCCCUCAUCGCUGUCCGGGUUUUCUACCGGAAGUGUCCUCGGAUCAUCACCAACGGGGCGCUGUUCCAGGAGACGCUGUCGGGCGCUGAGAGCACCUCUCUGGUGGCUGCGAGGGGUGUUUGCAUUCCCAACGCAGAGGAGGUGGACGUCCCCAUCAAGCUCUACUGCAACGGGGACGGAGAAUGGAUGGUGCCGAUCGGCCGCUGCAUGUGCAAAGCCGGAUAUGAGGCGGUGGAAAACGGAACGGUUUGUCGAGCCUGCCCCUCGGGGUUCUUCAAGUCCACUCAGGGGGAUCAGCUCUGCCUGCAGUGCCCCAUCAACAGCCGCACCACCAGCGAAGGCGCCAUCAACUGCGUUUGCCGCAAUGGAUAUUACCGCACCGACUCUGAUCCUCUCCAGAUGCCCUGCACCACCGUCCCCUCAGCUCCACAGGCCGUGAUCUCCAGCGUGAACGAGACCUCUGUGAUGCUGGAGUGGAUGUCUCCUCGGGAUUCUGGGGGCCGAGAGGACGUCGUCUACAACAUCAUCUGCAAGAGCUGCGGCGGAGGCCGGGGAGGGUGCACCCGCUGCGGUGACAACGUUCAGUUUUUGCCCCGUCAGCUGGGCCUGACAGAAAGCCGGGUCUACAUCAGUGACCUGCUGGCCCACACGCAGUACACGUUUGAGGUGCAGGCUGUCAACGGGGUGUCAGACCAGAGCCCCUACUCCCCCCAGUACGCCUCAGUCAACAUCACCACCAACCAGGCCGCUCCAUCCACAGUGUCUAUAAUGCACCAGGUGAGCCGCAGUGUGGACAGCAUCACCCUCUCCUGGUCCCAGCCGGACCAGCCCAAUGGCGUCAUCUUGGACUACGAACUGCAGUAUUAUGAAAAGGAUCUAUCGGAACACAACGCCAGCACCGUCAGAAGCCAAACCAACACCGUCGUCAUCCGGGGCCUCAAGCCCGGAAGCAUCUACGUGUUCCAGGUCCGAGCCCGGACCGUGGCCGGGUUUGGACGCUACAGUGGCAAGCUGUACUUCCAGACCAUGACGGAGGAGGAGUACAACACGAGCAUUCAGGAGAAGCUUCCUCUCAUCAUUGGCUCGGCCGCAGCAGGGCUGGUCUUCCUCAUUGCUCUGGUGGUCAUCAUCAUUGUGUGUAACCGAAGGCGUGGCUUCGACAGGCAUGAUUCAGAGUACACGGACAAGCUGCAGCACUACACCAGCGGCCACAUGACUCCAGGAAUGAAGAUUUACAUCGAUCCAUUCACGUAUGAGGACCCCAACGAGGCUGUGCGGGAGUUCGCAAAGGAGAUUGACAUCUCCUGCGUGAAGAUCGAGCAGGUCAUUGGUGCAGGAGAAUUUGGUGAGGUGUGCAGCGGAAAUCUGAAGCUACCCGGUAAAAGGGAGAUGUUUGUAGCCAUUAAGACCCUGAAGUCUGGCUACACCGAAAAGCAAAGGCGGGACUUUCUGAGUGAAGCCAGCAUCAUGGGCCAGUUCGACCAUCCUAACGUCAUCCACCUGGAAGGUGUGGUCACCAAGAGCAGCCCUGUCAUGAUCAUCACUGAGUUCAUGGAGAACGGAUCUCUGGACACUUUCCUCAGACAAAAUGACGGGCAGUUCACGGUGAUCCAGCUGGUGGGAAUGCUGCGAGGCAUCGCCUCAGGCAUGAAGUAUCUUGCCGACAUGAAUUACGUGCACCGCGACCUCGCGGCCCGGAACAUCCUGGUCAACAGCAACCUUGUUUGCAAAGUGUCAGACUUCGGCCUCUCCCGCUUCUUGGAGGAUGAUACAUCCGACCCCACUUACACAAGUGCUCUGGGAGGGAAGAUCCCGAUCCGAUGGACUGCUCCCGAAGCCAUCCAGUACAGGAAGUUCACCUCCGCCAGCGAUGUGUGGAGCUACGGGAUCGUCAUGUGGGAAGUCAUGUCGUACGGAGAGAGGCCCUACUGGGACAUGACCAAUCAAGAUGUCAUCAAUGCCAUAGAGCAGGACUACCGGCUCCCCCCACCGAUGGACUGUCCCAGCGCGCUGCACCAGCUCAUGCUGGACUGCUGGCAGAAGGACCGCAACAACCGGCCCAAAUUCAGCCAGAUCGUGAACAACCUCGACAAGAUGAUCCGCAACCCCAACACCCUGAAGGCCAUGACUCCUUUGUCUUCAGGUGUUCAUCUCCCCCUCCUGGAUCGCAGCAUUCCAGACUUUUCCACCUUCAGCUCUGUGGACGAGUGGCUGGAUGCCAUCAAGAUGGGCCAGUACAAAGACAACUUUGCCAAUUCGGACUUUUCUACGUUUGAUGUGGUCUCUCAGAUGACUAUGGAUGACAUCCUGAGGGUUGGAGUGACGUUAGCAGGCCACCAAAAGAAGAUCCUCAACAGCAUCCAGAUGAUGCGGGCGCAGAUGAACCAGAUCCAGUCAGUGGAGGUUUGACCCUCCUGAGGAGAGUCCUGGGAAGAGGCGGGCGGUUCGGGCUCUGGGUGUGGAGGACGGAGUGGAUGCUUUCUUUUUUCCUCUUCCUUUUUGGCGUGACCGUGUGUCUGGUCUUUCCACCAGGCUUCCAUCCAGCCCCCCCACAGUUCCCUCUCUCUUCCUCAACCCCCCUACUGAUCAGAAGAGCUGGACAAGCGCCGAGUCAGCAAUACGAGUCCAAACAGCCACUUCCAGAGCCAGAAACAUGGGAGGUUUUGACGCGACCAGCAACUUUUUCCCCCAAUUCUUCCACCGUUUGAUGUUGAACUUUUGUUUUGUUUGCUCUGCUAAUUUUGUAAAGUUUUUUUAAAGCAAAAAAAGAGGAAAAAUGGAAAAGGAAAGGAGUUUAUCUAAAUUUAGAGAAGAUAUAAAGUAGAGGAACUGAGUAGGAAAGUUACCCUUUAAAAGGGCAGAAUGAACGAAGACGAGACGGUCGGGACGCCAUCCUCAAAACGGCGUGGAUUCAGUUUUCGGUUUGGACUCGGUGUGGACACACAGGACUCCGUCUGAGCGUCUGCCAAGGACAACCGUGGAGGGAAGCGGGGAGAAAUCAACGUGCAAACCGGGACAAGAGGAAAAGAACAGAAAAGCUAAGACAGAACAGAGACUGAUGUCAAACCCUCUCAGUCGGACUGGAACUCACCUCACGCACCUCCGAAGAAGACAAAUGCUUGAGGGUUUUCUCACAGCAAGAACUUUUCUAUAAUUGUGGACAUUUUGUGAUGAAGAGUUCCUUUCACCAUGCUUCCUCUCACUGAAGAAUUGCUCUUUUUUUUAUCUUUCACAGUGAAGUAUUCACAACCUGCCAAAUAUAACUCUUUGUGUUCUCCCUCCUGUGCUGUACAUAUCAGGAACCUUCCACGCCAUGAUGAUUCAGAAACCACGUUUGGAUGAGGAGCAGAGGAGGCGGGGGGAUGCGCUCCUCUCGUGGUUUCACCUUCAACGUGCACACUUUGCACACACGUGCACAGAGAAGCGGUUGGGACUGGUAGCAUGCUGAGUGAGUGCGCUGGUUUUCUUCAGUGACAAACGGUUUCAUCCAUAGAUAGAAUUUGACAAACUUUCAGUAUUCUUCCAGUUUUUUCAAAGCGGUUUCAUUCUUCCCCCUCAUGAGUCGAGUUUAAAGACAUUCAUGAAAGGAAAAUCACAAAGGAGUGUUAUAUUAUUGCGACUUGUGCUGCAUAUUAUUGAAUGGUUUUUUAUGCACUGAAUCUGGUUUCUAACUCCAGCAAAAUCUUCCUUUUAGCUCCUAAUGUUUAUUUUUAAGGUCAGUUUUGUGCAGACGUCAUCGUUCUCUUUUGAUUUGAUGCCCCGUCUCUGUCAUUGUUUGUGUUGCUGACCCCGUUUGUGAGCGUUAUGGGGGAAAUAUGUGGCGAGAGGAGCUCAUAAAUGACAUCAGCCGUGCAGAGCUCCCCGCUGAGCCCCCCCGACGAGGCGACGGGCAGACACGGCGGUCCAGCUGUGAGCCAUCAGUCAGAUGUGUCGGGUCGCGGCAGGCGGCCGCGCCCCGAUCGCAGUCGCUCUGUCCAGAUUCUGAUCACACACACGGCUGUCCGCCACCUGUCUGCCGUUCCUCUGAUCUCCUCAUGGUCGGCUUCACCCAGUUGUCCGUUUUUGUCUUUCCAAUCAUCAGCAGGACAGCGGUUUCAUUCGAGUCCCGACGCCAUUCCAAACCAGCACGUUCUCCUAACCUCAGGGCCGUUCCUGAGCCUGCCAGGGUCGAGUGCCAAAGUGACAUCACUUCCUGCUCAUCCCACUUUGAUUUAUAAGGAAUUUAGAGUAGGACAGUCGUAUCUGCAGGAUGACACAGUGAGCAAGCAUUCCCCUGGACGCUCUUCAAAGCAGUGCUGCAUGAUGCUGGAGGAGGAGCCUCAGAAGCUGCCGGAGCUUAGUGUCGGUCCUCACCUUUAGCUUCUCUUCUGGUCGCUCUUCUCCAUUUUAACAGCUCAUCAGUCUUCAUUAGUCAGGUGGUGUGCCUUCUCACGCUACACCUGUCCUCACGAAACCACUUAAUGUGCAAGAAAUUCACCUUAAGUAUGCACAACGCAGAGGUUUCUUCUUCUGUUUUUUUCCCUCUCCACCCCAUUAGAGCUCAUUGGAAUGCUUGUCCAUAGAUGCUGCAAAGGCUUUGAGUUAUUAUUCAAGCAAUUAUCCUUGACAUUUGCUUUGAGGGACUACUUUAGGUAAGAAGCGUAGACAUUGCUGGAACUGAGUGAAGCUGAAAUUGACUUAUGUUUCAUUUUUUGCUGUAUUUUCUUCUCACGGAGAGUAUUUUUUACUGGGUUUGACUUUUCUAGUCACCAUAAAGAGGUUUGAAAAGCAGCUGAUGGCGUUUUGGCAGAUCUUGUUAAAGAGCUAUUUUAUGAUUCACGGAGCAGAUGUGUGGCUAUGCUCUGGCAUCUUUUUAGGGGAUUUCACUGCAGAAAAAUUAUUAUUUUUGUCCUUUUAUCAUUUAGUUUCAUUGUAGCAACGAUAUUGCCUGUUGACAAACUGAAAAUCAAAGUUGUGAGGUGUUUUUUUAACAUAUCCCAUGAUUUGAUCACAGUGAGCGACGGUGGCGUGCGUGUAAAUAAUUGAAAAUACUUGUUGAAAUCACGUUAAUCCCCUGUUUGCAGCUAACUUCACACAGCCUCUCUCUUAUUUAACGUUCCAGUUGUAGUUCAGGAGUUUUUCUGAUGCCGUUGUGAUAGUUUGACAUGUUUGCCAUCCGUGUGUUCUCCUUUUCCAUCUGCCACGCAGAGUACAAGCUCUCAACCUUCCUCCUCCUCUUCCUCAGCGUUUGCCGCCUCUUGAAGGACAGAGGAAACCCGUCUGAGUUACAGUUGCAUGAUAGCGAGCGUAAACAUGGGCGGUGCAUCCCAACGCUGCUUUAGGGUCAGAGCGAGGAGCCCGCCUCCUCCUAGAAAAUGGCUCCUGGUGAAGGGCUGCAGCACACAGCUCCAGAGCGCCCUCUGCUGGUGGGCUCCAGUCACUGGACUGAAUUUCCCGUUGGUCUGUGAACUCACCAGUAGCCGUCUGCUGAGGGAUGAGCGGCGGCUGCUGCCUGCGGGUUUCCAAACGCUCGCACUACCGUGGCAUCACCGCUUUUCUCCUGUGUUCCUCCGUCUCUGUAACCUCACUCACCUACCCCCUUCUGCUGCCUGGGGGGGACACCCUCCUGCCCCCGGCCUGUGAAGCCCUCCUCACAGACCAGUGGCGGUUCAGACCACUGUGACGGAUGUGGGAGAUCCUGUAAUUCUGUAUAAAUGUAAAUGACUGUAACCCUGUGAAUGAUGUAACAAUUUCUUUAUUUGUAAUAUUGUCAUUGGUUUAUUUUCUAAAAUGGAAAGCCCAACCCAAUUCUCCUCAAUAAAAAGGAAAGAAGAUCUGUUAUUAAAAAAACUACCAGCAAGAGUUUCUCCUUCAUUUUUAUGAUCAUUUAAAUAACACUAAUUCAUCGUUAAUAAUAAAGGUUAAUAUUGCUAAAAUUGUAAUAAUGUUGAAAAAAAUAUUUGUACACAAGUUUAUUAUAAAAAAAAAAAAUCUACAUUUUUCAUACUAAAACCUAAAGCAUUAAAGGGAGAAGAGCUGAUGAUUAAUCCAAACACAGUUUAAUUUAAGAUUUAAAUGUAGAAUAAUUUAAUUGUUUAAUAUUUUUUUUUUUUGCUUAUUUAUAGAAAAGUAAUUUAGAUUGGACAAGUAAGAGAUGAAGGCCGGACCCGCCUGCAGUCUGUCUGUAAACAGAGGAUUAAGAGUCGGAGCGGCAGACGACCGUCUGACCGCUGAAGCACAAGAACGCUCGGCUGCUGCAGCUGCUGCUACAAAUGAAGAAACGCACCGAAUAAUCUUUCAUUUACAUGCAGUAAAAUAAGGAACAUGAACUAACUAAACUAAACGUCUGUAUACAGAUUUUAGGAAUUAAUCUAAAUUCUUAAAAAAA